UAGACGGAUAGUCACAGAUUACUUAUAUGAAAUUAUUAAGAAUCUUUCUACUCGUCAUCUAAUGAAUACAUAGGCUAUAAUAGACCUGGCAUAGCAUCUUGACGUUAACUUAUUUACCUUCAGCACUGAUGAAGUUUGGUAUGGGUUUCUGACUGCAAGAGCCAGAUGCUCCAGACAUUUAGACUAUGGAUGUGCUGUGUAAUUUAUCUAACGUGUGUCGUAUAGGUUAAUUUCCUAAAAUUAGUUUGACCAUUCAGGAUUCGACUGUGUUCAUUCUUGUAUUAGCCCAUAUUAUGAUCUAUACAUUUUGGAAGAUGGCAGUGCUCCGGACAAUGAUAACCACUUUGCUCCUGCUGAGUCCUUUGGCUUCUACCAGUGAUGCUGAAAUCGGAUGCCAAUUAUGGGACGCUAUUUCAUCGGACCAAGUAUGUUGCAGGAAAUGCUACCCAGGGAACCGGCGGGUGGAGGAAUGCGGCGGGGACAGAAAUGCGCUCUGUACUCCAUGCGACCCUGGAACUUACACAAAAACAGAUUCGCCGUGGGAGUGCUCCAUAUGCAACCAGUGUAUUGACCCCCAGGUCGUGACAAAGCCGUGUAAUAGCACUGCUGACACUGUGUGUGGCUGCAAGAAAGGCUACAGGUGCACUGAUGCCUCAUGCUCCAUGUGUACCCAAGAGUGUGGACCAGGAGAAGAGCCUAAACGAGGACGCUGUGUGAAAUGCUCAGAGGGGACCUUCAACAGUCAGACUCAUCACCAGUGUAUGCCAUGGACCAAGUGUCCUCCAGGGCAGAUGGUGUUGACCAGUGGUACCAGCACCACAGACACUAAGUGUGGACCAUGCACCCAAUGUCAUGACCCCCAGGUCUUGAUAAAGCAGUGUCAUGGCUCCACUGACACUGUGUGUGGCUGCAAGAAAGGCUACAGGUGCACUGAUGCCUCCUGCUCCAGGUGUACCAGACAGUGUGGACCAGGAGAAGAGCUCAGACAAGGUCACUGUGAGAGAUGCCCAGAGGGAACCUUCAGUGAACAGAUGGAUCACCAGUGUAUACCGUGGACAAAGUGUCCUGCAGGGCAGGUUGUGGUGUCCAAUGGCACCAGCUCCUCUGACACCAAGUGUGCCGCUCCCCUGCUGAAAACCACCACAGCACGCACCACAACCAAACACAGUCGCAGCCUGACCCCAGCGGUCCAUCCAGCCAGAAAGCCAGACGAUGACACAACCAUGACGAUAUGGAUCCCUGUGGCUGUGUUUUGCGUACUACUUGCAGCUGCAUGCGUUGUCAUUUUUGCCUUUAUCCUGAAGCAGAUGACAACAGGCAAGGAGGCGCCCUUCAAGACGCCUCCCCAGGAGCCUCCCAAAUCACCAGGGCCUGUCCAUCUGAUGAUGCCGAUGCCGGUGGAGCAGGAACAGGAGGAGGACUGUAGCUUCUGCCAGCCCCAGCAGGAGCAGGGGAGCCUGGACUCUUUUUCCACCCAGGACUCCAUGGAAAAACUCCUGCAUUCAGCCUGACCGUCUGAGCAGUUCACCAUUGCCAUAUUCUUACAUGUAAAUACAAACAUUUAAUGCACUUACUGUGAUUUGUCACACCGAAGAAUGACUUACCUGCCAAAGUGGCUAGUGAGACUGAACUUGUUACCAGCCAUAGCUAUGUUUUACCAGCAUUUGGCCAUUUGGCUGGUACCAAUGUCAAGCCCUGCCCACGCCACGCAGCGACAAUUGAAGAUAGCAGUCAGUAGUCCACUACACUCUCAUUCUUCUUUUGAGAUGAUCUAUUGGGGGACAAGUCAUAUGAUUGAUUGAUUGGCUAAUUGAUUUCUUUGACACUCACCCAAACAUGCAUCCGUUUACUUGGGAGUUGCAGCAGGCUGCCACAUGUUGGAUGUUUGGGCUUGUCGGACGUUUGACUGCCAGAUGCUGCCAUGCUGGCAAAGCAACUGUUACAAGACUUGAAUUGGGGAUGGUCAUCACACUAUCUCAUAUCACAUCGAUUUACAAGAAGGUGAAGGACUUCUAUCUGGGUGUGUCCUGCUACAUCUAAAUUGCUUUAUAUUACCCAGCUAAUACACAUGGAUAAACAAUUAAGUGUGAUACAAUACCCUCCAAUUGUUCCUGUUUGCUAUUUGACUGUGAAGUUAUUUAAACACACACAAUUCCAUGUGUGUACAUCUUUGCUGGAUUUGUAUAUGAGUGUUGGAAAUAUGUGUAUGAGAACCUGGAGUAUGGAGCCUCGUUUUUUUUCUAUGCCAAAGAACAGAUUAGGUGGAGUGAUAUGAGUAGCUUAUCUUUUGCCGUUCAAUGACCUUCUGUUAACUGGGCACUCACGGGCACGAUUACGCGCAUUUCAUUGAGAACAUGCACGUGAUGAAACUAGUGGAAAUGUUACAGUAGUACAGAGUUGGCUCACAGCCAAAUGAGUGGCUUUUCUGCAAGCAGGCGAAACGUGUAGGCCUACACACGCACACUGUACUGUUUCUAUUUUUAGGCCUGUAGACACUCGGCCUGCCUUUGACACCGUGAGCGAGUCUGAGGCUUGCAAAUUAAGAGGGCUGUGUGUUCCUGUAAUCUCUGGUGGGCUUUCCCCAUUUCCUUGCUGAAAGAAAGAAAGGUCAGUAUUUCAGCAGUGGAGCUCAUCAAAGCAGAGUGUAGGCUAAUUUUACAUAACCCAGAAAUGGCAUAUCGUACACACAGUGCCCUCAUUAUUGUUGCUGCUGAAAGUAAGCAGGGUGAUAUAGGUGACUGGGUGGUAUUUGUCUUGUCCCACUUGGUUGCUGCUUCCGUUAGCAGUACCAAGCAGCAGUAGGGUAGAGGUAUCAGUGUGGGGCCUGGCCUAUCCGUUAUCCCGUCCCCAAACAGGGUUGCAUUUAAGGGGUACUACUACUAGCUUACAUGAACUGGCACGCAGAGGCCGUCUUUGACUAGACACAUGGGAGAAUUGCUGCCUGCCUACAACACACCCACACCCACGUAUGAGGAAACUCCUCAUGCCACAGCAAUGUCUGCCUUAAAUGGAUCUUUAAAUGGGUUCACCCAUGCCAUUCAAGAUAAAGAUCUAUGCGUCAUAUCGCCUUAUCUAGGCAGUUAAAUGGCUACCUCUUGUCCCAAUUCGUGCCGUGACCCGUGGGUGUACUGUACAACAGUGCAAAGGGAGGGUUCCUCUCCUCUGAGGAUAAGACAGCUCACAAACUUGAAUGAAGUGAUUGUUUGAGACAAGACUUGACUUGUUCUAGGGCAACACUGAUUUGCUGUUCUGCCAAUGAAUUCAUUCCUCAUAUGGGACAGGUGUGUGAGCAAUUGUUAGUCACUCCAGUAUGAGUGUUUCAAUGAGAAAUGGAGUAAAAUGGGGUUACAUGCACUAUUGAGAUGAUGUUGGCAAGGUACCAGGUUGAAUGACACAUCCAUGAGACAUAUAAUGGUGGGAAUGCCUUGAAACAUGUUACAAGUGUGAAUGUUUUCUUUCUGUAUGUUUUUGUACACAUUUUAAUGUAUUUGCAUUUUUGCACAUUUCGUGUGGAAGCCUCCAGUCCAGUAUUACUAUAUUAGUUUUAAGCGAUCUAAGUAGUUUUUCAUUAAACAUAUUUUAAAAAAGUUUGGCCUAAGACAUUAUUUAUGAUUGUUGAAUUCCUUUUAUCUUGCACUGAGUUGAUGGUGUAAGCCAAAAUUGCUGAUGGAAAAUGAAAGGGUAUGUUUGGGUAAGCAGUUAGGACCUCAGACUUCGACCCUCGACCCGCCAGGCUGGUGGGGGGAAUAAUUAACCAGUUCUCUCCCCCAUCCUCCAUGACUGAGGUACCCUGAGCAUGGUACUGUCCCACCGUACUGCUCCAUUGGGGCGCCAUUGAGGGCUGCCCCCUUGAACGGGUGGGGCAUAAAUGCAAUUUCUUUGCGUGCAGUGUACACUUGUGUGCUGUGGAGUGCUGUGUCACAAUGGCAAUAGGAGUGGGAGUUUCCCAAUUGGGCUUUCCCUUCACUUCACUUCACUUCACUUGACCCAUCAUAACAUUCACACCUAACAUUAUACCGUAUAUCGAUGCAUUCAGACUUUCACAUUCAUUCUUUCUGUGUAUGAAACCAUCAUAACAGGUGCUUCCCACAGCAAUUAACCUUUAUUUUGCAUUACUUUGCAUAUAGGGAAUCCCUUCAUUCGCUUCAAAUUAAUUACAGGAAAGUUUGGUUGAUUUUAGAGAAGUCAUGUAAAUACAAAAAUGUGGCCAAAUUAGAGCACACACUGUGUGUGUGUGUGUGUGUCUGCGUGCGCGUGGGGCAGAGUUGUAUAAAGCAGAAGUACGCUGACAGAUGUAAUUACAACACUUAUUAUGAUACGUGGUAUGAUAACGUUGAAGUCAUGUAAUAUCAUACCACUAGUGUUGUAAUUACAUCUGUAAGAGUUUGGA